AAAACACCACCCGCCUGGCCCUGCCCCUCAGCUGCAGAAACUCCCCGCGCCCCACUAGACCCCACCCUGCUGCGAUUGUAGCUGACACUCACUGCCCCUCUGCAGCGCCUCAUGGAUCCCACCGAGGCCCCGUCUCUGCCCUGGGACACAGACAGCGCCAGCUCCAGCACGCAGGGGGACAGAGCCUGGGGGGCCGGGGCCGGGCCGGUGGGGGCCAGCAGCCUGCACUGUAGCCUGGAGGAGCUGCUGGCCCGACGGGAGUUGGGGGGGCGCCGGGAGGCCAAGCCACAGGGCAGCCGCCCCUGCCGGUGCCCCCCUCCUGCCCCCCUGGGCCCAGAGGGCAGCGACGGGGACACCUCUGACAGCGGGGCCGAGUCGCCCGUCUGCAUGGAGCCCCCACGGGCGCCCGUCCUCUGCCAGCAUGUUGCCGGCACUGCCACCGCGCAGCUGUGGUGGGUCACUCCCCAUGGGAGCGACUGGGUGUCUCUCUACGAGCUGCGUCUGCAGGAGCCCAGCGGGACCCGCAGCCAGUGGUUCUGUGCCCAGGCGCCCGAGCGGCUGCAGAACCUGAGCCCUGGGACCCAGUACCGGAUCCACGUGCGGGCCCUCAAUGCAGCGGGCCCUGGGCCCUGGAGCCCCCCCUACACAUUUGCCACAGUGCCUCGUGCAAAAGAAGCCAUUCCUGUCAUGGUCACCGUGCGGCGGCGGCUGGAUCCCCGCAGGAAAACGCUCUAUUUACCCGGCCCCUAGAGGGUGCCAUGGGGUGGGAGGAGGCCAUGGAAAUAAAGUGGGGGCAUCCAUCUGA